CACCCAGCCCUAGCCUCAGAAAGAGAGAGACAGGAAAUCAGAUCGGCCACAUUCGUUCCGGCCUGUUUUUUGUCUUGUUAUCUCAGUUCCGGUUUCACGGGGAAUGCAGAAAGAUGGGAGGAGCUCCGACUUACUAUCCUGAUUUGGGAGGUCCGGCCAAGAAGAUCAUCGGAGGCAGGAAUUGCCACCGUAAACACGUCGAAGACGGAAUUUCGAAUCACUUCAAUGGCGGACAAGAACAGAGGAGACCAAACCUCGGUGCUUCAUGGGAAGUACGAGUUGGGUCGAUUCCUGGGCCAUGGAACCUUCGCCAAGGUCUACCAUGCCAGAAAUUUGCAGACCGGGAAAAGCGUGGCGAUGAAGGUUGUUGGGAAGGAAAAGGUGAUCAAGGUUGGAAUGAUGGAACAGGUGAAGCGGGAGAUUGCGGUGAUGAAGAUGGUGAAGCAUCCCAACAUCGUCGAGCUUCACGAAGUCAUGGCAAGCAAGUCGAAGAUCUACUUCGCCAUGGAGCUCGUUCGAGGCGGUGAGCUUUUCUCCAAGGUCGCCAAGGGUCGAUUGAAGGAGGACGUCGCUCGUGCUUACUUCCAACAGCUCAUCUCCGCCGUCGAUUUCUGCCACAGCCGCGGCGUUUACCACCGGGAUCUGAAGCCCGAAAAUCUCCUCCUCGACGACGAAGGGAAUUUGAAGGUUACAGAUUUCGGGCUCAGUGCGUUCGCCGAGCACUUGAAACAGGAUGGCCUGUUGCAUACGACGUGCGGAACUCCUGCGUACGUGGCGCCGGAGGUGAUCGGAAAGAAGGGAUACGAUGGAGCGAAAGCGGAUAUCUGGUCAUGCGGCGUCAUUCUCUAUGUUCUUCUUGCAGGUUUCUUGCCAUUCCAGGACGACAACAUAAUCGCCAUGUAUAAGAAGAUUUACCGGGGAGAUUUCAAGUGUCCGCCGUGGUUCUCCUCCGAAGCUCGCCGUCUCGUUACGAAGCUACUGGACCCAAACCCCAACACUCGCAUCACCAUAGCUAAAAUCAUGGAGACGUCCUGGUUCAAGAAAUCGUUGCCGACGGCGAUAAGAACGAAGGAAGAGAUGGAAUUCGAGAGUUUCGACCGAGAGGAAAAUGGCGCCAAGGAGAAGCGAACAGAGACGCUCAACGCUUUCCACAUAAUAUCCUUGUCGGAAGGCUUCGAUCUGUCGCCGUUGUUCGAGGAGAAAAGGAGGGAAGAAAAGGAGGAAUUGAGAUUCGCGACGACCAAACCUGCGAGCAGCGUGAUCUCAAGACUGGAGGAGGUGGCGAAAGCGAAGAAAUUCAACGUUAAGAAGAGCGAGUCUAGAGUGAAGUUGCAGGGACAAGAGAUGGGGAGGAAAGGGAAGCUAGCGAUUGCAGCGGAAAUCUUCGCUAUAACGCCAUCGUUCCUGGUAGUGGAAGUGAAGAAAGACGGAGGAGAUACUCUGGAGUACAAUCAGUUCUGUAGUAAAGAGCUCCGGCCGGCGCUUAAGGACAUUGUCUGGACAUCGCCGGCGGAGAAUCCGACGCCUGCUUGAAGAAGCAGAGUGGAGGGGGAGGGAGUUUAGGAUUAAUCAAUGUUGUCAUUUUGUUGUUAAUCAAAAUUAGGUAAAAGAAUAGAAUCUUUGUACUAAUCAUCUCUCCCUUGUUUUUUUUGUGUGUGUGGUUGUUUUCGUGAUUUGUUUCUAGUGUGUAUUUGUUUGUGCUUGCUUUGCAGAAAUUACUUUCAGCUUUAAAUUCUCUCUCUGUACAUGUUCUUGUUGGUUUACCUUGGUUUGGAAUUUGAAUCAUUGAAUGCAAGUCUUUAUUUUUCUUUC